AUGCAUCUCCUACCUAGAGAACAGGACAAGCUGAUCCUUACAACACUCGGGUCACUCGCUCAACGUCGAUUAGCAAGAGGAUUAAUCUUGAAUAAGUCCGAAACAAUCGCAUUGAUCGCUUCUCAGUUGCAUGAAUUCAUCAGAGAUGGUAAACAUUCAGUUGCCGAACUUAUGGAUCUAGGCAAAAAAAUCCUGGGAAGAAGACAUGUAAUGAUCGGAGUAUCUGAAGCAAUACAUGAUAUUCAAGUGGAAGGUACUUUUGAAGAUGGUAGUUUCCUAGUCACAGUACAUGAUCCCAUUUGCUCGGAUGAUGGUGAUUUGAACAAUGCACUUUACGGAUCAUUCUUACCUAUACCCUCGUCCGACUUAUUUCCCCUUCCUGAACCAUUACCAACCAAUAAAUAUCUUCCUGGGACCGUCCUAUGUCUCAAGAAGAAAAUACCAAUAAACGUCUCCCGUAAACGAUUUUAUCUGGAAGUAUCAAAUUUAGGUGACAGACCUAUUCAAGUAGGAUCCCAUUAUCCAUUCCUCGAAGUCAACCCUUCUUUGGUGUUUGACAGGUUACUCUCGUAUGGAUGUAGACUAGAUAUACCUGCUGGUACCGCGGUCAGGUUCGAACCUGGAGAAAGGAAAACUGUAGGAAUGGUAGAAGUUGGAGGGAAGAAGUUGUUGUAUGGAGGGAGUGGUUUAGGUUCAGGUCCAUUUGAAGAAUCCGCAAGAGAAGGUCGAGUUAAAGAUUUAGUUGAAAAAGGUGGUUUUGGACAUAAGAAGCAAGAAUCCGUCAAGGAGGCGAAAAUUGUUGAAAUGGAUAGAGAAGUCUACGCAUCAAUGUUCGGUCCUACAACAGGUGACAAAGUACAACUUGCCGAUACCGAUUUAUGGAUAGAAAUUGAAAAAGAUUACACAGUACAUGGCGACGAGUGCAAAUUUGGUGGUGGAAAAGUACUGCGUGAUGGGCAAGGUCAAGCAUCCAAUCGUUCCGACGAAGAGGUUUUGGAUUUGGUCAUUACGAAUGCUUUAGUCAUUGACUGGACUGGUAUCUUCAAGGCCGAUAUUGGUGUCAAGAACGGUAUGAUAACCGGAAUCGGAAAAGCUGGAAAUCCCGACAUAAUGGAUGAUGUUACGGAAGGCAUGGUAUUUGGAUCAAAUACUGAGGUCAUAGCUGGAGAGAAACUGAUCAUCACUGCUGGCGCUUUGGACGUUCACGUUCACUACAUCUGCGCCCAGCUUGGAACCGAGGCACUAGCUUCGGGUAUCACCACGCUCAUAGGAGGGGGUACAGGUCCAUCAGCCGGUACAAACGCGACAACAUGCACACCAUCUAAAUUUUACAUGGAAGCUAUGAUGCAUGCGACCGAUUCUGUCCCUCUAAACUUUGGCUUCACAGGAAAAGGUAAUGACGCUGGAGUAAGAGGAUUGAAAGAUAUAGUCGAAGCUGGAGCUUGUGGUUUGAAAUUACAUGAAGAUUGGGGAUCUACACCCGAAGCUAUCGAUAGAUCAUUAGUCAUUGGCGAUGAAUAUGAUGUUCAGGUCAAUAUUCACACCGAUACAUUGAACGAGAGUGGUUAUGUCGAAAGCACUCUUGCUGCUAUCAAGGGAAGGACCAUCCAUACAUAUCACACGGAAGGUGCUGGAGGUGGUCAUGCGCCUGAUAUCAUUGUUGUCGUCGAACAAGAAAACGUUUUACCUAGUUCGACCAACCCUACUAGACCGUAUGCCAAGAAUACUCUUGAUGAACAUCUCGAUAUGUUGAUGGUGUGCCACCACUUGGAUAAAUCCAUUCCUGAGGAUAUUGCUUUUGCCGAUUCUCGAAUCAGAGCAGAAACAGUUGCUGCAGAAGACGUGUUACAAGAUAACGGAGCUAUAUCAAUGAUAUCAAGUGAUGCUCAAGCUAUGGGUCGAAUUGGUGAAGUUAUAGCCAGAACAUGGAGAACUGCAGCUAAGAUGAAAGAAGUCAGAGGACCGUUGGAUGGUGAUUGUGAGAAGAAUGAUAAUCAUAGGGUAAAGAGGUAUAUUGCUAAAUACACCGUCAAUCCCGCAAUCACUCACGGAAUGUCACAUCUCAUCGGUUCAGUGGAAGUAGGAAGAUUAGCCGAUUUGGUGAUUUGGAAACCUGAAAAUUUCGGUGCCAGACCUGAAAUAGUGAUCAAAGGAGGAGUCAUAGCGUGGGCUCAAAUGGGAGAUGCCAAUGCUUCUAUACCAACGGUACAACCUGUUUAUGGUAGACCAAUGUGGGGUUCUCAACCUGAGUCAGCACCUAGAAACUCCAUAGUCUGGGUCAGUCAAGCUUCUAUCGAUAACGGUACCAUCGAGAAAUAUGGAAUUAAGAAAAGGGCAGAAGCUGUGAAGAAUUGUAGGAAGAUUGGAAAGAAAGAUAUGAAAUUGAAUAACUAUAAACCCAAAAUGAGUGUCGAUCCGGAAACAUACGAAGUCAUGGCAGAUGAUAUACUCUGUGACGCUCCGCCCGCUACUCAUUUACCUUUAACGAGGAAACAUUUCGUCUACUAG